AUGGUUCCACGUCCGGAGGAUGAUGAUAUUGUGGUUGAACCCGCUGACAAUGAUGGCUUGAGAUAUGGCAAUUCAUCGUAAGUGGUUUUUCUUGGGAAAUUGGGGGGAAAAUAUGAAAAUUAACAUUUUUUGGGGAGAUUUCGAGAUUUUAAACCCAUGUUUGCAGGGUUUUCACUUACAAAAUUAAAUUUUCCCCUAGAAACAAAUAAUUAUUUGUUAGAUACUAAUAUAAUUAUAAUUAUACACACAAAGAUGGACCUAAAAAUGAUGGAUAUGGGAAGAGGAAUAGCCAUCUGUUUAGAUAUUUUGUUCAAAAAUUUUUCGCAGUCUCAAAAAUACCGUGACACUUCCAUUUCAUUCUCAUUUUCACUACUUGCCACCCACAAAAUCAAUCAAUCUCAAAAAUGUUACAUAAUGUACUUGACACUAGUUGACCUAUCUCCUCUCAUCUUUUUUCGUUCGUUCAUUCACAUCUUCCAAAUUUCGCUGUCACUCAUCUCAUUUCUCUCUGCUCGUCUGUGUCUCUCAUUUCUUCACACUCUCUCUCUUGGGGUCUCUCUACGAGUUACUAAAUCUUCUUUUAACCACCACCAUCACUUUUAUUAUUAUUAUUUAUUAUUAUUAUUUAUCGACUUUGUAAUGAGCGUUUUAUGACUUUCCGCUUUUUGGGGCUUUAAGGGUUUUUAGAGAUCUUAAGGUUAAACCUAAGGAAUAAUUAGAGCGUUAAGCCUAAUUAGAAAAUAUCGAAAGGAAGUUGUUCGGUUAAGGUUAAGCUCUUAAUUUUUUUUAUCGGCCUAACAAUAAGAAAGGCUUCUGGCAUAAUUGAGAUUUUCUCGAGAACUUAAGGUAAAGCCUAAGGUUAAACCUAAGGAAUAAUUAGAGUUUUAGGCCUUACUUGGGAAAAUUAGAGGAACUAGAAUAAAAAAUUUGGAAAAUUUUGAAUUCAAAUAUUUGAAAAUUUCAAGUUGAAAAAAAAAUAAUUUAAAAAAAAAUUUUGACAAAAAUUUCAAUUCAGAAAAUAUCAAAAAACUAUAUUUUUUUCCUAUAUUUGCUGAACCAAAAAUUUUUUUUAAAAAUUAUUUUUUUCGACUUGAAACGUGGUUAUUUAAAAAUUUGCAUUAAUUUCAAAAAUUUAAGCUGUUUCUUGAGAUUCAAAAAUUUUGCCACGUGGAUUUUUGGGCUCAACAUUUUUUUUAAAGCCUAAAGGCUCUUAACUUUGCAUCUUUGAAUUCUCUAUUGUUAAGCCUAAGCCUAACUCUUUUUCUUAAGCCUAAAUUUGGACCUAAGCCUAAGCCCAAAGCCUUAUUUUUUAAAAACCAAAUUCAGGGUCACUUGUUUAAGUAGCUUGCCGUAAUUUAUGAAGUUCCAAAUUAAGCCUAAAUUUAAACCUAAGCCUAAAUCUAAAGCCUUAUUUUUUAAAAACCAAAUUUAGGGUUAAAGCUUGCCGUAAAUUUUGAAUUUCACAGAAAUUCCAAUUAUUACCUUAGCCAAAGCCUAAAGUUCCGAAAUAAGCCUGAAUUUGAACCUAAGCCUAAAUUUCGGCCUAAAUCUAAAGCCUUUUUUUUAAAACCAAAUUUAGGAUAAAUUGUUUAGCUCGGCCUAAAUUCUGAAUUCCAUUAAAAUCCUAACAUUUUGACUUAGCCUAACCUCCCAAAUUUUUUUUUAUACUGUAUCAAAAAGUGCAGCAAAAUAAAUAUGGCUCAAGUAUGUUUGCACAUGUUUUUGAUAUAUGUCGACACACUAAAAUUUGAUAUCGAUUUUAUUUGUUCUCCAAAUUUUCUGAUUCUUGGCUCAGCGCCAGCGCCACCAAAAAAGUUAAUCCAAAACUUUUCCCUUUCCCUACCACUCUCUCUCAAUUUCCCGUGCUAUUUCUCGACAUUUUUGGCUCCACACACAAUCAAUCUUCAUCAUUAUUCUGGUGCUUUUUGCUUUUUCUCAACCAACUUUUGUGAUUUAGUGAGCUGCGAGAGAAAGAAUUGCAACAUUUUUGAAUUUAUGUUCCUUUAAAUCUGCGGGGUACUGUAUCUUACUUAUUUGCCUAAUGAACAGAUGUUAUAUUUUUUGGGGGCGCUUGGGAUUAUUAAGUACACUUGAAUCUAAAAAAAUUGUGCACUUGAGCAUUUUUUUUUGAAAAAAAAGUACAAUGUUUUUGGGCUCACUAACUAUACAUAUUUUUCCAUGAAUUUCGAAUUUAAUUUCACUCAAAAAUGCAAUUUUCUUCUUUCGUUUUCAAGACUUGUCACUUUCUUUCUUCCUUUUUCACUCUGAAUUUUAAACGAAAAAAGAUGGACAAGAAAGAAAAGAAAAGAGAAUUGAAAUAGAAGGAGGCGAGUUGACAAAAUGAGUAAUGAGCUUGGAAUUGGUGAGGCCCAUAUAUUUCUCUUUUUGUCACACUUUUAUGGAGAGACCACCGGAAUGGGAAAUUUUGGGAUUUUUUUUGGAAUUUUUUGUUGAAAAUUCUAAAAUCACUAUUCUAUUUCUGAACUUCCCUACGUGGAUUUUCAACGAAAACGUGGAUUUUCAACGAAAAAUCCCAAUUUUCCCAGCUGAAAUUACAUUUUUAAUUAUUUUUUUGAAUUUUCAAUUUUCCUGUCCAAAAAUGUGAUUUUAAAAAUAAAUUCUCUUUUUUUUUUGAAUUUUUUUCUGUAAAAUGUUCGUUUCACUUUGAUUUUCACUCUGACAAGCAGCCAGGUCUUGAGAGCUUUUUUUUCGUGUCAAGUAGCCGAGUCUAGAAAACCUAGUUGUCAAGGAUCGGCGCCUAGAGACUUCCAAUUUUCAAGGAUCAACUCCUAGAGAGCCUAGUUCUGAAGUAGCUGUGCCUACAGAAGCUGAUUGUCUAGGAGCCGCGCCUUGUGAGCUUCUAUAUCAAGUAGCCGAGCCUAGAAACUCCUAUCGUCUAGGACCCGCGCCUUGAGAGGUCUUUUACUAUAGCAGCCGCUUUGGGAGCCUAGCUGUCAAGCAGCCAAGCCUAGAAAACCUAGUUGUCAAAAAUCAGCGCCUUAGGAACCCAGUUGUAUAGGGCCCGCAUCUAGAUUUCCACUAUGACAAGGAGUCGCGCCUUGAGAAUCCAAUUGUCUAGGAUCUGUGCCAUGAGAGCUCUUUUGUCAAGCAGCAACGCUUUGAGAGCCUAGCUGUCAAGUAGCCUCGCCUAGAGAUUUAAAUUUUCAAGGAUCAGCGCCUAGAGUUUCCGAAGUCUACUGUAGUUUUGGUUUCCUAGGCCAUUUCAAUUCUGAGAAAUCCAACGUGGAAUCAGAAUUUUAGAAAAAUUCUAAACUUCCCUAAAAAAAUCCACGUGAAAUUUAGAACCCUGAAUUUCUAUUGAAUAUUUUCCAUUUGUUUCAACUUCCGGAAAAAUUCAAUUUUUCAUGUUUCGAAAUCCCGAAUUUUAUCCCCAACCAAAAAUUAUCCAGAUUUCGAAAUGUUUUCCACCAAAUCCAAUUUUUCUCCAUUUUCCAAAUUUUCAAAGCAAAUUUGAAAUUUCCCACUAAAAAUCAAUAAUAAUUAAUUAAUUUUUUAGCGCAUUAUAUUUUUCUCUAGGUGUCAUUUUUGUCACCCUUUCCUCUUCUUUUCCUUCCUACUCCAAUUAGUAGUACACCAAAUUGGUGUAUCCACCCUAAUCCCGCCAAAAAACAAAAACCAACAGGUCUGGCGAACCGUAUUUAUUUUGUCACCUUAUUAUAUUAUUUACCAACGCCAUUUUUUCUUGUUGGAAAGUUUUUUCUGAUAUUUUUCAUUAGAAAAAUUCUUGAUCUACCCUCGAAAAAACCGAUUUUUUUUUGUUGAAAAUUAUAUUUUUAAAAUUUUUUUCAAAUUUUUUACAAAAUUUUUUAUCGAUUUUUUCAAUUUUUCCAAAAUCCCUCCCCAAAAAACUCACCAAUCGCUUCUAUUUCUCAAAUCAUCGAAAAUCCUCCAAAUUUUCCACGUAAAAUCCAAUUUUCCAUCAUUAUUUCAAGCUGAAAAUCAGAAAAUUUGAAUUCUGCUAACUCCAUUUAUGUUUCUCUAGAAAAACCCACCUUUUUCGAUAAUCCUUGAGAUUUCCGUUGGAAGCGAUGAUUUCAGCCUUGUAGAACAUCUGAAAAUUCAAUUUUUGACUGAAAUCCUAUGAUUUUCCCCGGAAACCUGAAACCCGCGCGAAAAAAAACGAAAAAUGAAAAUAUUCUCGUGUUGCGCUAAACAGCGGGCAAGCGGAGUGUCGUUGUAAAACGCCAAAUUUUCACCGAUUUCGUUUUUUAUAUCUAUAUCUAAGAGAGAGAUUUUUCGUGUUCAGAUCCAUGGAAGGCACAUCAACCGGGCAGCGGCCUUAUAUUCGGCUAACUUCGAAAUUUCAAAAUUUGACCAAGGAUUCGGGAAAUGAUGUGAGGUUCAAAUGUGAGGCGAUCGGAACACAACCGCUGAAUUUUAUGUGAGUUUUUUUUAAAUUCAAAUUCACAAACGAAAAAAUGUUUAAAAAUGUUUUUUUAACGUUUCAAAAUCAGUUUUUCAAGUUUUUUGCAAAAAAUGAUGACAAAUGGAAAUUUUUGAAGCUUCUGGAGUGAUUUCUGAUGAAAAUUGACAUUCAGAAGUUUUUUCUGAUUUUUCGUAGAAUAAAAAAAAUUUAAAUUUUCAUGGAUUUCGAAAAAAUUGAUAAAAUGAGGGAAAAUAAGGUUCUCGAAGCUUAUUUUCAUAAAAAAUCACUCCAGAAGCUUCAAAAAUCUCGAUUUGUCAUCAUUUUUGGCUGAAAAACUCGAAAAACAAAUUUUUUAAAACAUUUUUCCGUUCGUGAAUUAGAUUUCGCACUGAAAAACCCUUUAAAAAGUGUUUUGCUCAAAAUUUCGCCAGAAAAAUUCAAUUUUCAAAUUUUCCAGGUGGCUAAAAAACAACGCACCGGUUGAAAAAUCAAAACGAGUUCGGAUACGAAACAAAGAAUCCUCAUCUCGUCUAAUAAUACAAAAUCUAGAUGUUUUGGAUAGCGGUUAUUAUCAAUGUGUUGUGUCAAAUUCAGCAGCUUCAGUGAAUACUACAAGUAUUUUAAGGGUGAGUUUUGUUAGGGACGGGGUUUAAAGGCGCAUUUAAUUAUACUGUAUCCUACGCUGUAGGACCUACAGUAGUAUUUUAAAGGCUCACCAGAACAUUUCCAAAAUUUUUCCCUAACCUACUAUACAAUUCUGACCCCCCCCUUUAAACUAUUCUCAAAUCUCAUUUGUCCACCCACAAAUCCUAAAAUGUUUUUUUUGCGCCUCAUCAUUAACUGAAUGUGUUUCCCCCCUUCCUCCUUCUUUUUUCGGCCCCAACCAUCAGCUGCGCGAAUUUGUAAAUUGCAAAAAUUUCAUUCUCUUUUUGUCUUCUUUUUCCUCGCUGUUUUGGGGUGGUGUUGAAAUUGUCGUAUAGAUUACGAAAUUUUCAUUGGUCCCGACUUUUUCGCUUUUUUUUGAAGUGAAAAAUAGCGAUUUUCACUUGAAAAUUCAUGGUUUUUGGUAAAAAUUGAAAAAAAAAAUAAAAUUAUUGUCCGAGAGAACUACACAGAUAAACUUCCCUUCGAGAUAUUUUCAAAGUUUUGUGUGCGCCUUCAAACAGACUACUGUAGAAAAAUCUUUUAUUUUUCUCAUUCUUUUCAUUUUUCAUCGAAAAUGCAUUGUUUUCAGCUAAGAAACCAUAAAAAUGAUAAAUUUUUCGUAUUUUUUUUCAAAUGUCCUCUAAGUCCAAACUGCUCUCUCUCUAAAAUUGAUGAAAAACUUGCUCCCCGAGCAACAACAGCUCAAAAAAAGCUCUAUCGGCUCAUAAAUCACCCAAAAUCCCAUUCACAACCGCUUUUCUGUUAUUUGUUGCACUUCUUUUUGUCUUCAAUUUUGUUGCUCGAUGCUUUUUUUUAAAGUUUUUAGCCCAAAAAUAUUUAUUUUUUUGCCAAAAGGUCAUCUCAAUAUUUUGUUUAGGUUAGGUUAGAUGGGUUUGGUGAUGGAUUGGGUGUAUGUUUUUUGGCAGACACCUCUCUUUUUCACAAUAUUCUCGCCUGCACUCUCUCGAUUUCCCAUACUCUCUCACCUUAUCUAACUGAUGUUCCUUCCCCCCCCCCAUCUUUUCUUUCUCUCUGUCUAUAGGUUGGGUUUUUCUGUGUGUUGCUAUUCAUUCACCAUAUUCACAUCAUCAUCAUUAUAUGUUUUAUUCAACACACAAAAAAAGUGCCAUUGAAAUGUUGCACCUGCGCUCGCGUCCCACGCGGGACCACCCAAGACGAUUUUGGCACCUGCGUCCAAAAAACUUUUUUCUUCUUCUCCUUCUUUCUAUUCAUUCAUUUGAAUAUAUAUGUAUUUAUGUGAGAAUAACCUCAUUUUUAUCUUUGCUCGUUAUCAUUUCUCGUUUUUAUUUAUGACCGAAAAUAUAUGUGCUGCUACUUUUUUCGACGCGGCGGGGGAAAAAUUUACGAAUUUUUUUUUGGGAAUUUGAAUUUGAAUCUUGAAAUUCGUGUAGUUCUCUUGGAGGAAUUCGGAGAUUUUUGGAAUAUUCAAAGGAACACACACAUUAUUGUGUAGAUAUUUUCUUGAAAAUCUCUGUAGUUUUCUCGGACGACGAAUUGAAAAUUCCAAAAUUUUCAAGCUUGAGGAUUUGUUUCUUCUCAGAAUUGUUUUUUUCAAAGGUAAAUCUCAAAUUUUGGUGAAUUCGAGAAAUUUUCAAUUUUUCAAAGAUUAAGUAGCCGAGCCUAGAAAGCCUGUUUGUGUAGGACUCGCGCCUUGAUAACCAGUGCGACUAGGCGCGACGCCUUGAUGUCUUCUAAGUCAAAUAGCCGAGUCGAAAGAACCCAAUUGUCAAGGGCCAGCGCCUAGAGAGCCUAUUUCUCAAUUUUCUUUUAAAUUUAGCACAUUUUGAUCGAAAAACAACGAAAAAAACGUUUUUUUUUAAACAUUGAAAUUCACGAAAAGCCAAAAAAUGUCGAAAAAACAUUGUAGGUUAAAGUUUGUUUUUUUUGAGUUUUUCUGUUAAAAAUUAUGAAAAAUUGAUAUUUUCGAAGGUUCUGGAGCAAUUUCUGAUGAAAAUUGACCUUUGGAAGUUUUCAGUAGUUAUUGCUGAAAAAUUAAUAAAUUGAUGUAAAAUAGGGUUCUUCAAGCUUAUUUUCAUCAGAAAUCACUCCAGAAGCUUCAAAAAUCUCAAUUUUUCAUCAUUUUUGACUGAAAAACUCGAAAAACUAAUUUUGACCUACAAUGUUUUCUCGUGAAUUGAUCUCUCAAUGUUAAAACAUUUUUUUUCGUUCGUGAAUACAGUUUUCACACCUAAAAAUUCCCACUCUAAGCCCAUUCUUUUUUGUCGGACACCGCCAAAAACCCACUCAUCCCCUCCCCCCGUAUUUAUAUAUAUUUUCCCACUUUUCAUGCUAAAAGUGAAUAAAUCAGAUUAUAUUCAAAUCUGUCUGUGUGCUGUGUCCUUUUUGUAUCUCCCUUUCUUGUUUUUCUUGGGGUCUUCUUCUAUUUUUUGAUUGAUUAGAGCAUCUGGCAAGAACCAAAAGAUGUCUCUGUGUGUACUAUUCUUCUUCUUCAUUUUGUGUGAUGCCCUAAAAUAGAAGACGAAGUUGACUCAUUUAUUUUAUUGGUCACCAUUUUCACACCGAAAAUUUGGUGUGUGAAAAUGCAUAAAUUUGAAUUUUGCGCUUUAUAGCAUUGUUAUCAAUAGAGCGAACUUGACAAUAAUUUUUUUUUUCAAACGCGCUCCACUGAUAAAUUCCCUUUUAUCUUGCAGGUAAACAACAUCCCGGAUGCUCUAAAAUCCUCCAAAACCUCGAAAAAGCAGCCAAGUUUUGUGGACGAUUACGAAGAUUACGAGCUAAUGGAUCGCGGACGAUUACCCGACGAAGAGGAGGCGGAUUUGUAUCGAGUUCCCGAAAAUGCGGCUGGCUCAAAUUAUGCGCAGAUUGGAGUCAGCGAACGAUGGCUGGAUGGUAUCAAAUACCGUGUUGGUGAUUGUGUGCAAUAUCGCGGAGAGGCUUGCCGCAAUUAUUUGAGCAAUAAAUAUGUGAUGAUGACGAAUGAGAGUCGAGAGGAGAUGUAUGAUAUUGGUAAGGGUUUUGGAGGAUUCAGGAUUUACGAAAAAAAAAGUCAGAAACCCAAAAAAGUGAUUCACGAAUGGUAUUUUUAUUUAUUUUUUUUCAAUAUUUUCUAAACACAAGUGAAGCUAAAACGCAUUUUAGUGUCCAGAAAUGAUAUUUCAAGACUUUCUAAUCAGCCUAAAAACAAGUUGAGCCUUCAAAAUCAAAUUUUUGAUUUUCGAAAAUCACCUAUUUCAUUUUUUGGGAGAUGUUUGUCUUUCAGACCACCCUGGGAAAUUUUUACGUGGCACCGUAAAACGCAAAAUGAGUGUUUUACGGUUCUAAAAUACCGUAAAAUUCGUAAAAUUUUUUCACUGACAAGGGAACCUUUUUUACUCAACACUUCAAACCUUGAUGAAAUUUUGUCCAGAGACAGCUUUUGGGGUCAUAAGAACACCCUAAAAAUUUAAGUUACCCAAUGGACCUAUGAGCCAAGUUCUGGGCUCUCAAAAACUCAAAAAAGGCCUAAAAAUGGUCAUAAAAGUCAUCAUAGCUCCAUUUCAAAAAAUUUUUUGGGAGAAAUAAAGUUUCAGAUAUUGAUCAGCAUAGUCGAAUUACUAAAAGUACAUCAAUAAAAAAUAUAUUUUCGAAAAAUUUUGAAGUUUUUUAUUUUUGGGCUGAAAAUUCAUGAAAAUUCAUAUGUGCCCCUGCUCAUUCUUUUUUCCAAAAUCAAAAAUUUUUCCGAAAAUUAGAUUUAUUGAUGGAUUUUGGGUAAAUCGACCACGCUGAUCAUCAUCUGCUACUCAGUUUUUCAUAAAAUUGAUCGAGAAUUGAGUUAUGACGUGUUUUAUGAGCCAAUUUUGGCAAUUUUUGAACUUUUGAGAGCCCAGAACUUGGCUCAGAGGUCCAUUGGGUAACUAAAAUUUUUAGGGUGUUAUUAUGACCCCAAAAACUGUCCAUGGACAAAAUUUCAUCAAGGUUUGAAGUGUUGAGUAAAAAAGGUUCCCUUGUGAACCUUUUAACUGAAAACAUCAAGAAAUUUCUCUAAAAAUUGGAAGUUAGUAACUCCAACAUAAUUUUAACAACAUUAUUCUCCAUAUCCAUCAGAAAAUUAAUUAAUUAGGCUUAUCUCAAAAUUUUAUUUGAAAAAUGUUGAAUUUUUUUUUGAAGUUUCAAUUUGAUUCUGUCAAAAUUCAUUAUAAUUAGUGCUAUUUUCGUAAAAAUUAUUUUACGAUUUUUUUGGCAGCGUAAAACCGUAAAAUGGAUUUUACGGCGAAAACCCGUAAAAACCGUAAAACGUAAACGUAAAAUUUCCCAGGUCUAAAAUUCAGACUGAUUAGAAGGUCUUGAAAUAGCAUUUCUGGAUACUAAAGUGCGUUUAAGCUUCACUUUAUUCAGUGUGUUGAGAAAAUGGUGAAAAAUGAAUAAAAAUACCAUUCGGGAAUCACUUUUUUGGUUUUUAACGUUAAAAAAACGCAUAACGUGUCAACAUUCCCAUCAUUUUCCAGAUCGAAAUCUUCGCGCAGCCAUGUUAUUCAUCAACGGCGCUCCCACAAUAUCACAAGAAUGUCGUCAACUCAGCGAGGCGGUCGCCUGUCAUCACAUGUAUAAAGUGUGCGAUUCGGAGGCCAACAAUCAAAUCGUGUCGAUUUGCAAACACGAUUGUGAUCAGAUUCAGAAUCACGAGUGUCCGUCGGAAUUGGCGCUGGCCGCCCAACACGAACUCGUUGGUGACACACCGAAAGCGUUGUUUCCGUUGUGCUCGAAAUUGACGUCCACCUCGAAUUGUAUACCGGUUAUGGGUUUUGCUAAUAAGAAUAAGGUUGGUUUUUUAUUAUCAUUGGAGCGCAUUUCCAUCCAUUUUUACAAAUCUGCUCCAUUGAGAAAAUGAUUCUCAUUAGAGCAAGUUUGGAAAUUUUUCAUUCCUCCGAACAAAAGCUGAGAAUUUCCUCUCCAAUUUUAUAUUUUCCCAGAAUCCCUCUUCAUCCUCCCCAUCCAACAAUCGUGGACCACUCACCCAUUGGUGCUAUGUCAACACUGGAACUCAAUACGAGGGAAGUGCCUCGCAAACCGUAACCGGAAAGACUUGCGCAAGUUGGCGUGAGUCGACAGCUCGUGAAUUCAACAUUCAUCGAUACCCGGAACUCGGAAAUUCGAAAAAUUAUUGUCGAAAUCCCGGAGGCAAGAAAUCACGUCCCUGGUGCUAUUCAACAUUGGGACAAGAAGAAUAUUGUGAAUUGGAACAAUGUCCGAAAGAUAUGUAUCCACAUUUAUCUGAGGGUGGCAAAAAGAGUGAAGGAGGAAGUGGCGGUGGAUUGACUGAAUCGAUCACUGCACUAUGGGAUUCGCUGGAUCCCACAGGACAAGUCGCCCUUGUUGGUGGAGGCGUAUUCUUCUCACUCAUCCUGCUCCUUUUGUUCUGUUGUGCUUGCUGUUGUCGGGCGAAGAAAAAAUCGCCGGGCGGGAAACGACCCGCACACCAUAAUCAACAUCAUCAUCAUCAUCAAGGAAUCCCCCUUCAACCACCAUCGAUUAUAAAUAGCGCGGCGAAUUCGGCGUAUUAUCGAAAAUUGAAUGGGACGAGUACACCAAUAAUGGCACGGAAUGAAAUGGCUUCACUUCUUGGUCCCCCACCGUAUCCCGUUGAUUUACCCCCACAUUUUCCACCGCCAAUCGAUGAUAAUUCAUAUCGAGUUCUAGAAAUCGCACCGUCUCAACUUGCAGUGCGAGAAUUGAUUGGUGAAGGGCAAUUCGGUGUUGUACACUCGGGAAUCUAUACAAGUGGAUUAUUCGGCCCGGAAUCUAUGGCAGUUGCUGUGAAAAAAUGUCGACAAGAUGCUACUAAUGCUGAAAGAGCGAGUUUGGAGCAAGAAAUUCGGACGGUCGCCUCAUUUGAUCAUCCAAAUGUGAUUAAAUUGAUUGGUGUUUGCUAUUAUGAUGGUGGAAAUCUGACGGCUGUUUUUGAAUAUAUGGUUCAUGGGGAUUUACAUGAUUUGUUGCGAUUGCGAGCCCCGGUGGAUCAUGCAAAUAUGGAAGAUAAUGCUGAUUUUUUGAACAUCGCUACGCAAAUCGCGCAAGGUAUGGAAUACCUUGCAUCGAUGUCAUUUGUACACCGUGAUUUGGCCACAAGAAAUUGCCUGGUUGGUGAUAAUCGAACGAUUAAGAUUGCGGAUUUCGGAUUGAUGCGAACUUGCUAUGACACGGAUUAUUACAAAAUGCUACAUCGAUCUUGGAUGCCUGUACGAUGGAUGUCGAAAGAGGCGAUUGAACAGGGAAGAUUUAGUGAGGCGUCGGAUGUUUGGUCGUAUGGUAUUACUUUGUGGGAGGUUUGGUCGUAUGGAAGACAACCUUAUGAAGGGGCGAAUAAUCAACAGGUUAUUGAAUUGAUUGCCAAUCGACAUUUGUUGGAAUGUCCGCAUAAUUGUCCAACUAAUAUUUAUAGGUAUGUUGUUUCACGAAAUAAAAAAAGUUUUUUUAACGUUAUAAAAACUCAGAAAAGCGAUUCACGAACGGUAUUCUUAUUCAUUUUUUACCAUUUUCUUAACACACUGAAUAAAGUUAAGCUAAAACGCAUUUUAUUGUUUAGAAAUGCUAUUUCACGACCUUCUAAUCAGUCUAAAAGACAAAUCAAGCCUUCAAAAUCAAAUUUUUGAUUUUCGAAAUGUUUCGAAAAUCAUUAAUUUCAUUUUUUGGGAGAUGUGAGACUUAAUUUGUCUUUUAGGCUAAUUAGAAGGUCUUGAAUGAGCAUUUCUGGACACUAAAAUGCCUUUUAGCUUCACUUUAUUCAAUGUGUUGAGAAAGUGGUGAAAAAAUGAAUAAAAAUACCGUUCGUUAAUCACUUUUUUGGGUUUUUAACGUUAAGAAACGUUAAGAAAACGUUAACAGACGUUAAGAAAACAAAAAACUUGAUGAAAAUCUCCUAUUUUUCAGUCUAAUGGUCGAAUGUUGGCAUGAGAAUACAGAAAGACGACCAACAUUUUCGGAAAUUCGAAGUCGUUUACAAAGUUGGUCAUUAGCCAGUCCGGCACAUUCAAUAUUACAACAACAACAACAUAAUACACGAGCAGGAUCUCAUAGUGGCUCAUCUGGAGCUGGAAGAAAUCAAGGAGGCGGAGGAAGAAGUUAUCAAAAAUCUCAUCGAAAUCGGGCGCCUGAUGGAGCAUCUCCACUUAUGAAAAGACAUCAUCAUGAUGCAAAUUAUGCGUAUAGUGAAGAAGGUGAUGAGUCGGAUUGA